UGGUUGCGCUUCGCGCUGAGGGGAAGGAUCCGCUUGGCACCUUUGAGUCAGAGUCUCAGGUCAUCUUGCACACAAACCUGCUUUGUUGACGGUUCUGUGCAACCUUUGCCCCAAUGCAGAUGGUCCAAUCUUGUCAGACCUUUCCAGCUUUCUUUCUGCCGACCGCUGAUCCUUUCUUCCAUUCAAUAAAGCCACAAAGGCACAACAUCCAUCCAUCAACACAACAACAACAUGAAACUCCUUCAUCAACUACUGCUAUUACCAAUUUUGCUCUCGUCUGUUGUGACGGCCGCCGCCAAGGGAAAUAAUGACGACAACAACACACCAGACUAUCUGAUUGUGGGAGCGGGAGGGGCGGGUCUUCAAAUGGCACUGUACAUGGAAAAGUUUGGUUUUUCCUACAAGAUUCUGGAAAAGACUGAUUUGAUUGGUUCCCAUUUCAGCAAGUUUCCUCGCUAUGAAGAACUCAUUUCCCUCAACAAGGCGGUCCGCAAUGAAACCCAGAAACUCCGCUUUGAUUGGCACACUCUGCUCGAAGCUCCUGUGGAAAUGCUCAAUGUCACUCGCGACUUUUUCCCCAAGGGAAAGGAUUGGCAUCGCUACAUGAACAUUCUCGCACAAGAGGCUGGCAUUUACCCCCACAUUGAAUUUGGUGUCGAAGUGGAACGCGUGGCAGACGACAAUCGUCCUUGUGUGGUGAUUGCUUCGACGGGUGAAGAAAAAUGUGCCAAGCACCGCAUCUUUGUAGGAACGGGACUGCAGGAGAAGAAAAACAAUUUCUUUGAAGCCCUGGGAGCCAUCCCCUACUCCAAAUCCACCACCAGCAUGGCAGAAGGAAAACGAGUCUGCAUUCUUGGAAAUGGAAAUUCGGGAUUUGAAUUGGCACAAAAUGUCUACAAGGUCGCCGAUCGCGUCUUUCUCUAUGGUCGACACGGACCCCGACUCUCCUCUGUCACACGAUACACGGGAGAUGUCCGUGUCAAGUACUUGCAAGUGCUCGAAAAUCUCAACAUGAAAAUGCUCGAUACGGUCGAUUUCUUCAUCCCUGGACUCGUCAGAAUCAAAGGACUCGAAAACAUCCUCAGUGACGAACAAAUGAAAUUGGUUGAAAACAUUAGCCUGGUUGCUUCGUGGCUGCACAGCUAUUCCUGUGAAAUAUUUUUUACGGCCACUGGAUUCGAUUCGGCCAUUCCAGGUGGAUUGACCAUGGGAGAACGAUUCCCCAUGUCCGGCGACUGGUAUCAAGCUGUCGACAACAAUAAAGUCCACUACAUUGGUUGGCUCAUGCAUGGACGAGACUUUCGAAAGAGUGCCGGUGGAUUCUUGAGCGGAUUUCGCUACCUCAUUCGCAAUCUCGCCUAUCAUAUCCGAGAGGAGGAUGCAGGAAUUCGCUAUCCUCAUUUCGUCAUGACCAAAGAAGAGGUCGUGGCCAAAACUGUGGCCCGAGCUCAGGUGGCCGAUGACAUUUUCAUCUUGCAGGAUGGUCACGCCAUUCGGGAUGUCAUUGUACCCAACAGCGAUGGAACCUACUCUUACUAUGAGGGCAUUUGCCUCGACUUUCACCCCGAGCUGAAAGCACGCAAAGAUAUCAUUUCGUACUACUUUGAAUGGGGGACUGACCGAAACACUGCAUUUGCCUUUGAAGGUUUGGUGCGAUACGAAGACACGAAUCGAUUGCUCAAUGUCUAUCUGCACCCUGCAUUUGAAGUGGGCGGUAUGGUGCGCCAAGUACAAGAGGAUGUCGAAUUGGAAUGGCUUGGCAUGUACGCGGAUGCUGUCGAGUCAGUUGCACGAAAGGCUCUGGAUGGGAAUAUGGAAGGAUUUGUUCUCGUGGAAAACAACCCAUGGAAGCCAGCCGCGGUAAACCAGACCAAGGGCAGUUACUAUGAAACUGUAUCCCCCAAGGUUCCUGUGCCCAACAAAGUCAUGCAAACGCUUUGGAAGGCGGUGUACACCGACCAAGCCGAUCGGGAGAUGGGUCAUUUCCGAGAGGCGAUCGAGGAGUGGUUUCCCACCAUUGUAGAACCUCAGACGAAGAUUGCCGAAGCGGUAGUGGAUGUCAUGCAAAAGGGAUCUCAACCAAACCAUGUGACAAUGCAGUAGAGUUUGAUUGGAGAUGGAUUGGACUCGACUCCUUUACUUUCAUACCCGAUUUGCGUCUAGUUUGCACACAUAGAUAAUCGCAUAAUAAUUUAGAAGAUGAGAACGU